ACUCUCCUCUCCUCUGACUCGUACUCUGCACAGCUCGUACCAAAGAAAACAAUCAUGGUUAAAGGUCCAGGACUCUACACCGAAAUCGGCAAAAAGGCCAGAGAUCUUCUCUACAAGGACUACCAAGGAGACCAGAAGCUCAGCGUCACCACUUACUCUUCCACCGGCGUUGCAAUCACCACCACUGGAACAAACAAGGGAGACUUGUUUGUUGGUGAUGUAACUACCCAAGUCAAGAACAAGAACUUCACUGCCGAUAUCAAAGUCGCCACUGAUUCUUCUCUGCUGACCACCUUUACCUAUGAUGAGGCUACCCCUGGAUUGAAGGCAAUCGUCAGCGCCAAGGUGCCUGAUCAGAAAUCUGGCAAGGUUGAGCUCCAGUAUCUUCACGACUAUGCUGGUAUCUGCACCAGUGUUGGAUUGACCGCUAGCCCCAUUGUCAAUUUCUCCGGUGUGGUUGGAAACAACGUCUUGGCUCUUGGUACCGAUGUGUCCUUCAACACCCAGUCUGGUGAUUUCAAGCAAUUCAAUGCUGGUUUCAGCUUCACCAAGGACGAUCUGAUUGCUGCCCUUACUCUGAAUGACAAGGGUGACAAACUGAAUGCAUCGUACUACCACAUUGUGAACCCGUUGAGCAACACAGUGGUUGGAGCUGAGGUUACCCACAGCUUCACGACUCAAAAGAACGCCAUUACCGUUGGUGCUCAGCAUGCUCUUGACCCGUUGACGACAUUGAAGGCACGCGUGAACAAUGAUGGUGUAGCUAACGCGCUGAUCCAGCACCAGUGGCGUCCAAAGUCGUUCAUCACCGUUUCUGGAGAGGUUAACUCCAGGGCGAUUGAGAAGGGUGCCAAGGUUGGGUUUGCUCUUGCUCUCAAGCCUUGAGAAAGAAUCAAGAAUCCAAAUGUGCCCUUGAGGAGGGGUAGCUUAGUUUUUUUUUUUCAUCUUCUCGGUCUUCUAAUCUUUUGGACUAAUCUCUCUUGCCUGGUUUUGCUUUAAAAAUCUUUCAUUUGUUGUUUUGUUUUAAUCGGUGUUGGGAUUUGUAGAAAAUAAGAAAAAAAACUAUUAAAAGGAUCGUCUUGAAGAUGAACCGUACGAA